CACGCCCGCCGACUCUCCCACGCACCACACUCGACUCCCACCGACACCGACACCAUGUUCAAGGCCACCAGGGUUAUGGCUAUGCAGCCGACGCGCAUGAUGGCCAUGCAGCCCUCGCGCAUGACGAUGAUGCGCCAGAGCCCGCAGCUGUUCGUGACGCAGACGCUGCGCAUGCGCAGUCCUGUGCCGAAGGAGGAGCACGGCGCUCAUACCGCGUCCCAGCGUCUGCGCCAGCUCAAGAACAUCCCCACUGAGAUUUGGCCUCUUAUCUUGGUUCUCGGCAUCGCCGUGGGAAUGGCCAUCUUCUCGCUCCUUCGAAAGCUCGUCGUGGACAGGACUCUCCGCCUGAAGAGACGAGGCAAGCAAGAGUAGAUGCGUUGAGAUUCGAGCUGGAGGGGCUUGGGAUGGAAGAGCCGUGUGUAUAAAUGACGUCGGGGUGGUCAAGUCUAUCAUCAAGAGUCCAAAUAAAAAACAAAGGUUUCUUUUGUGCUCGACUUGAAAUGCAUAUCUAGAUAUGCAUCCGGAAGACAUCCGUCACUCCUCUAGGGCUAUCUUGUGAACUGCUUGUUGAUGCUAGGGUUUUGGAACUAUUGCCGUGCGAUACUUCACAACUUGUGCUAGAAUCGUAGAGUGAAAAACACCAUGUGUCGCGACAAGAGGUAUCUGACUA